CAUGCAGCCGGUGACUGGUUCCACAUAGCUAAGGACAGCUGGGACCCAUCAUCCCUUGGUUACCGGAAGAUUCCUUGCCAUGACACGUGAAGAGCUGUGAGAAGAACCUAUCUGAAGUCCCAGAGGUGGUGCUGAGGAACAGACGCAGUCAUGACAUCUGUGCCAAUAAGCAUAGUGGACAGAAUAACUACCUUCAUCACAAACAAAGUGGGCAGAGAUGACCUGAAGCUCUUGAUAACUGAAGAUGGAGUCUGGAAGGCAUUUGUGGCAAGAGCAGCGUUGUCAAGCGAGGAGGAAGCUGACCUGCGUUUUGCACUAAAGGAGCAUUUAGCCCAGGAGCCUACAGAUGAAAAUGAUGAAACAGAAAAGAGGCAGCAGAAAGAGAAUUUUCUGAAAGAAUUUCCUGAGUUGAAAAGGAAACUUGAAGAAAACGUCAGGAAUUUCCGAGACAUGGCUGACCGUCUUGACGAGGUGCACAGGGGCUGCAGCUUCUCCAAUGUGGUGUCCGACUUCACAAGCAUUGCCGCUACAAUCGCUGGAUUAUUUGUGGCACCCUUCACAGGAGGGACCUCUCUGAUGACCACAGCAGUAGGUGUAGGAGCAGCAGCAGCUGCAACAGGUGUCACCACUACCAUUGUGGAAGAAUCCAUCAGAGGGGCAAAUGAAAGUGAAGCAAGGUGCCUGGUUCAAGCCAGCAAAAACAUCCUGAACAGAAUCUACAAGAUCAUGCCUUUGAUUGUAAUCAAACAUGAUAGUGCAUGUGUGCAAUUAUUCUGUGCCUGGGAGACGCUCAGGGAACAUAUCCAAGCCAUCAGAGCAGGAGAAACCAUGAAAUUCAAAACCACUGCAAAAAUAGAGUCACCUGAAGAGCUACGGGCGUUGGUUAUCUAUCUAAAAGAGAAGUUGCACGAAUUUGAGCAGCUCCACAAGGAUCUUCAGUCGGUCCAGCCUUAGUGAUCCCUCCACCAAGCAGUUAAGAGUUCAGGGGAAAGGACAUGUACAGGGGUGGGGACAAGGUGUGGGGAACAUACUGUUACAAGGAAAAUAACGCAUGAUCAAAUCUAUGGAACUGAGGGUUGAGUGGUUUCUAUUUCUCUGGCUGAGCAGAGCAAGGUCAACGUAGAUAGUCAGUGCUUUAAGAAGGUGAGAACUGAAAUCUAAAAUAAGGGGCCAGAAUGCCUAGAGAAUGGGACUAGGACUGCAAUACAGAGGGUCUGAUAUGCAGAGCAGUACACGAACAAGCCAUGAGAACCUAGGAAACCUGGAUGGCUGAAGAUGGGAGAAAGCCAGAGUAGGCACUGAAGCCAGAGCAGGUGACCACAUCCCGUUCCCUGAGGGCAGGGUCCCUAUGACCUCUAGGUGAUUCUUCCCAGCAUCAGCAGGAUCAACUCACCCUUGUGUCUUCUAGGAAGUAAUGUCUGGAUAGUGAUGGUGAUGGUGAUGAUGAUGGGGAUGUAGAUGAUGUUGAGGAUGGUGGUGGUGACAGCAGAAAAGAUGGAGUUCCUGAGAAGUAGUCAGUCCUCCAGGGGGACAGGGUCACCAGAGAGACCAAUGACAUCAAAGUGAAUGUCUAUGCUGUGCGGUGUCAUUAUUGGGUCUUUUGAGAUAGAGAGUCGAGGCAGAUGUACAUAAGAUGUCAAACAAAGUAUUGUUUGGGGUCAACAUGUUUGUGACAAGAGACUCAGUCUGUGACCCUCAGCUUCCUCUCAUACUGUGUGUGUGGGGGGGGGUGUGAUGGCCAAGAUAGUGUCUAGAUAACCUGGAUUUUGUCCUCUUGUCUUUUAUAAUUUUUGUUCAAUAAAUA